AUGGCACUCGCUUCUAAAGGUUUAUUCGUGAUUGGCGCGAAAAGGACGCCAUUUUGCAAAUAUGGCGGAUCCCUUCGAGAGUUGCCAGCUUCACAUGUUUUUGCAGCGGCUGCAAGGGAUGCCAUAAAUUCCGGAAAUCUAAAUCCGAGUUUAAUAGAUAGCACUGUAGUUGGAAAUGUUAACUUUCUUAGUCAAUGUGAUGGUGGUAAAACUUCCCGUUACUGUGGCACUUAUUCGGGAGUUCCCAUAGAAAAGCCAGCAUUGGGGGUUAAUAAAGCUUGUGGUUCCGGUUUGCAGGCAAUAAUCACUGGAGCUGUGGAAUUAUUAACUGGUACAGCGGAUGUCUGUCUAACAGGCGGAACGGAACUCAUGUCCACUCUCCCUUUCUUGGUUCGUAACAUUAGGUUCGGCUCUACCUUGGGUUCGUCGUACCACUUCGAAGAUUAUAUAAAGAAACAAUUCAUUGAUAGUUACUCUGGAUUAUCACUGGAAAGAAUGGCUGAAAAUAUUGCCCAAAAACACAAAAUAAGUAGACAUGAAGCAGAUCGUUAUUCAUUUAUGAGUCAUUCGAAAUGGAAAGCAGGUCGAGACUCAAAUAUAUUUAAUGAUGAAAUUACUAGUUUAACAGUAAUGCUACGGAAGAAAGAAUUUUUAGUAAAAAAUGAUGAAAUCGUCGAUGCUAGCAUAAACAUGGAUGACAUGGCUAAGGCGCCUGCGCUGAUUGACGAUGGCGCUGUUGUAACGUCGUUAAACUCAUCGAUGCCUGCAGAUGGGGCAGCUGCACUAAUCUUAGUAAACGAAGCCACAAUAAAAUCUAACAAUUUGACACCGCUGGCGAGAGUUUCGGGUUGGGCGUGUGUUGGGAGUGAUCCUCUCAAAACGGGAUUAGCGACUGUUGACGCUGUGGGGAGACUCUUGCAGGUCACUCGCAAAGAUAUAGAUAGUGUGGAUUUAUUUGAGAUAAACGAAACCUUUGCAACUCAAGUCUUGGCAUCGAUUAAGAAACUAAGAGUAGAUGAAAGCAAAGUGAACAUCAGCGGUGGUGCGCUAGUCCUUGGAAACCCUGUAGCCGCUACUGGCGCUAGAAUGGCAGUACAUCUCGUUCAUCUUAUCAAUCGUGGUCGUGCGAAACGCGCGAUUGCAGUGUCUAGUUGCGGAGGGGGACAGGGUGUGGCGGUCAUGUUUGAAUCUGUGUAGAUUACAUCAAAUUAUAAUCUUUGAUACUGUAUUUUAACAGCUAUAAAUUAAUUAAAAAAUGUUUCCUGUUUACCAUA